AGAAGCCAACGUUCCAGACGUCGCAGCGCUGUCCCAUUUGGCACAGUGAGCCUGCGAACAGUCCGCUCACAAUAACUGGUCUCAAACUGGAGAAAUGAAGAAGUUCCCGGCCCUGAAAAGUGACAAGCACGCCCGUGGUGUGAAACUGGUGAGGGGAGCAGCGGUGUCCGAUCCGCAGCAGCUCUGAGGGCCGAGACGCUCCUCCUGCAGGACGCGUAAACUCAGCCCGUAGUUUUCUCUUCUUAGGGGAGUUUAAAUUUACGUUAUUUUUUUCAGGAAUCACAGCUUUGAACGGAUAUUUGAUUUUAAUGCAGAAGCUAAACUUAAAAAAAAGCUGUGAGCGUGGCUGUGGACGGCAGCUCAGAGUUUGGAUGUUUGGGUAAACAAUCGGCCCGUGUGCAGACUGCAGCCUGACAGAUCUCCUCGGAUCCCCGGCCACUGGUUGGAGGUGUACUACAGAGCUGCGAGUCCUGUAGACGGUACUUCCCCUUCAGGCUUCCACAGGAUCCUCAUCCGCUUUGUGAGCGCAGGUCCAGAUGUGGCAGCAGUCGUUUGCGCCUUUACGCAUCCUGACUUGGAGCUCACGUUAGCCGGGAAACGAUCCACGCUGAGAGGAGAAAUUAUCAGAAACUUUCUGGUUGUGGUGCUCGUUCUGCCAUCAUGCUGACAGAGUGAACGGUAUCGAGCAGUCAGAACUUGGACAGAACCGUUUUUUUUUUCUUUUUUUUUUUUUGUAUUUUGUGGGAAGAGGCUGGAUGAGAAGAUGAACGUGUUUGUGGUCAGUCUCUUCCUCACUCUGGACCUCGCAGCUGUGGUCCUCAGUCUGUCCACAUGCAGCACGCUGGACGUGGAGCAGUUCAGGAAGAAACGGAUCGAGGCCAUCCGAGGGCAGAUCCUGAGCAAGCUCAAGCUUACCAGCCCCCCGGAGGACUUCCCCGAACCGGAGGCGGUGUCCCGGGACAUAGUCGCCAUUUACAACAGCACUCGGGAUCUGCUACAGGAGAAGGCCAACGAGCGGGCCGCGACGUGCGAGAGGCAGCGGAGCGAGGAGGAGUAUUACGCCAAGGAGGUGCACAAAAUCGACAUGCAGCCUGCAUACCCAGCAGAGAAUGUAAUUUCCCCAACACACUUCAACCCAUACUUCAGACGGCUGACCUUCGAUGUGUCAUCUUUAGAGAAGAAUGCAUCCAAUCUAGUGAAAGCUGAGCUCAGGAUCUUCCGUUUUCAAAACACCCAGGCCCAAGUGUCUGAACAGCGCAUCGAGCUUUAUCAGAUUUUAGGACCCAAAGACAUGACGUCUCCUACGCAGCGAUACAUCGACAGCAAGGUGGUCCGGACCCAGACAGAGGGAGAGUGGUUGUCUUUUGAUGUGACAGAGGCAGUGAGUGAAUGGCUGAACCACAGAGACAGGAAUAGUGGAUUCAAGAUCAGUCUGCACUGCCCAUGCUGUACCUUUGUACAAUCUAAUAACUACAUCAUCCCCAACAAGAGUGAGGAACUGGAGGCGCGGUUUGCAGGUAUUGAUGACAGCUUAAUCAAUGGUGGUGAUCUAAAGGUGUUCAAGAAGCAGCAGAAUAGUGCUUACACUCCACACCUUCUCCUCAUGAUGCUGCCUUCAUACCGACUAGAAUCCCAGACCCUCCACAAGAAUCAUCGAUCCAAGAGAGCCCUGGACUCUGCCUACUGCUCCAGAAAUGUUCAGGACAACUGCUGCUUACGGUCACUGUACAUUGAUUUUAAGAAGGAUUUGGGCUGGAAGUGGAUCCACGAGCCAAAAGGUUAUGAAGCCAACUUCUGUGCAGGUGCCUGUCCAUAUCUGUGGAGCUCAGACACCCAGCACUCCAGGGUGUUAGGCUUGUACAAUGCUAUCAACCCACAAGCAUCUGCAUCCCCCUGCUGUGUCUCCCAAGACCUGGAACCGCUCACCAUUCUCUAUUACAUUGGCAAGACUCCUAAAAUAGAGCAACUCUCAAAUAUGAAAGUCAAGUCCUGCAAAUGCAGUUAGAGGCUCACAAGACAGCUCAAACACACUGACACUGAUAUACUCAACAUUUUAUCCACAGCCGUUCAGACGGGAGCAAUGUACUGGAUCAAGUUACAGAACAAGUUAGUCCCCUCAGUGGAUGUGUCAGGUACCAUAGCAGUCACAACACCAGGAAGAUGAUGUUCAUACCAACUACAACAGCUACAGGAUCACAGUGACAUGCAUGGAGCAAGAACACAUCAAGACUGCAGCUUAUCGUUUCUUCUGAAAGAUCUUUUACUGUUAUAUGUGGUUGAUUAUUAGGUGUCAGUAGCAGCUUUUUGUACAUACACCCCCCUCUGAUCCAGCUCAGUUAUCACAUGGUCUAAAUGAUCAUUUAAGGAAAAUAGAUACACCAAAUAUUCACACCAAACCCAGUUAGCUGUACAGACUGGACUUUUCGUUGUAGCAGAGGGUUUUGCUGCUAUUCUAAAGUAGAAAAAGUUUUAUGCGUGCUCCCGGCAACACUUUGUAAUUCCAGUUAGUCAGUAAAAGAAAAAUAGAAUAAAAUGAAAGCCUGGUUCCAGCUUUACUGUCCUCAUGUCCCCUGAGUUGGACUGUAAGAAGCAGAUCUGGGUUUUCUGAUGACUUUAGUUUGAUAUUGGAGCAACUUUAGCUGGAAAAUCUGAAAAAAUACUCAAGUCUCUUUAGUCAUGAAUACUUUAGCUAAGCUGUGGGAAUGAGUCCCAUGAUUCACCACCAGAAGCCACCAAUCAGGUGUGUGAUCAUGCAUGGCCAUUCAUCAGCUGUUCUUGUUUUGUCCAUUUAUAGUUAGAUGUUGGCGUGGUUACUGGAUGACUAGACUUAGGACUUGUUCUUACACACAGAUACUCCAGAUACCCCAAGACUUUUGACCAUAUUAUGAUGAAAUUGUAAAAACAAAUAAUCCUGAGAAGCAUUAUUAAUAUUAUUAUUGAACAUUAUUUAACUUAUUCUGCACUCAACACAAGUAGGAGGCUUUUUCUAAAAUAACUGCAUUUGAGCUCUCAGUCUCUUUCUUUCUUUCUUGCUCUGAGUUUUAAGUUUAUGUUUUAAAGAGAACCAACAUGCUGACUUUUUACACCUUUAAAUGGAAUCCAGUAGAAAUGAUGUUUUACUUUAUUUUCAUUAUUCAUAUCUCUGAGGUGAGGGGGAUGUUGGCCAGACUCAGGAAAACAGGAAAAGUCUUGGGCUCCAGAGUUUUACUGUGUGGUCUGAAGUCUACAUUUCAUACCAAAGCUUUGGCUCCUCUGAGUAUGUAAAGUUGAUAAAAGUUGUUGGUAAAGCCAAAAUAUUAAAACCAAUAACCAACGAUGAAUGACCACCUCAGUGGUGUUUUUAUGAUAACUUUGCUUCCUUUGUCUUUAUUUCAACCCCUUGCCACUCAGGUGCAGCACUGGUGGACUUUAUGAAGAAAGCAAACAGGAGCUUAUUUAAUGUGUUUAGUGACAUCUUUUAGACCCAUUAUGCUCUGCUGUUAUGUGCUGUUGUGAAAAAUAAAUUAUUUAAGUUUCAAUGGCAAGCUGUAUAUUUGUCUAUUUAUUUGAAUUUUUCCUCUCUGUGAGGGACCAAGCUGGUGAAGCUCAAGGACACAGUUGGUUUUAAAAAGGAACGGGUUUUAUUUACCCCCCAAAAAUACUCACGAAACAAUUUUGGGCCCUUAAAAGAGGUCAAAUUAACAAAACUAAACAAAAGAAUUAAAGCUGCAAGCAGCGAUGAAGGCCCUCGCACCUCUGGCGCCGCUCCGGCCUAUUGCACCGCCCCAUCAGCCGGCAAACUCCCUCCCCCAGCACGCUUGCUCUCUCGCUUGCAGCCGUAUGCUCACUCGUCCCCAGGUUUUCUGCCUUGGAUGGUCAUUGUCUCCCUCUGAGGAUCACCUGGUACAUUAAUGGACAUCAGAAGCAUUCAUGACCAUGUUCUGACCAAUUGUGUGAAAUAAAUCCAAACAAAAGCAUGGUUUUAAUAUCUGCAGAUA